AUCUGCAUGCAAUUUGGGCAGCAGUGCAAAAUGCUGCACGAGGGCAGCAAUUGGCAGUGAUUUCCACCCACUGCAGAGACACGGGGAGAGGAGAGGAGAUCCUAACCCAAAGGGAAACCUUCCACAACCCCAACCCAAAGGGAAAACCUUCUGCUCUCCCAACCCAAAGGGAAACCUUCCACAACCCCAACCCAAAGGGAAACCAUCCACAACCCCAACCCAAAGGGAAAACCUUCUGCUCUCCCAACCCAAAGGGAAACCUUCCACGUUGCCAACCCAAAGGGAAAACCUUCUGCUCUCCCAACCCAAAGGGAAACCAUCCACAUUCCCAACCCAAAGGGAAAACAUUCUGCUCUCCCAACCCAAAGGGAAACCAUCCACAACCCCAACCCAAAGGGAAACCAUCCACAUUCCCAACCCAAAGGAAAACCUUUUGCUCUCCCAGCCCAAGAGGGAAAACUUUCUGCUCUCCCAACCAGCUGAGGAGGUUCAACGACCCAACUCCUCUCUCAUCUCAUCAAUGGACACCGUUUCAGUCCUUUUUCUUAACAAAGCUGUAAAGAGAAACACCGAUGACCUCUUGGUCCUAUUUGUACAGUUCGGGUUAUCAGAGUUUGCAUCUCUGGAGCAAUGCAUAUUUGUGAAUAUAUUGCUUUGAAUGCUAAGUUGUCAUAGACCAUAGAGCUUCUGUAAUAAAUUACCGGGUGUUUUAUUACAAUUUUCUCCUGCAUUUGUUCCAUGAGCUUAAGCAAACACUCAGGGCACUAUAAUUAGAAGCACCGAGUGCACUCAGCUCCCCACAAAGCAAAGGCGUUGCUUUCCCAUGUGAGGAACCAGUCGAACCUGAAUGGUUCUCCUCCCAGAUCUCCAAUUUCCUUUCGCUGAUGGAGACGAAGCAGAGAGCGGCACCAAAGUGCUGGUGAGCACCACUCCCCUGGAGAACACCUCCAUCCGCCUCGGCCCCGCGCGGCGCCGCAGCGCCCGGGCCAAAAUGGCCCGCAGGAACCGCCGGGGCGGCGCCGGUGGCGGCCACGAGAGGCGGCGCAGCGCGCUCUUCCGGCACCUGGCCCGGCAGGCGUCCCUGCUGCACACCAGCCGUUCGCUGACGUCUCUCAGCCGCUCGCUCUCCUCCUCCGACAGCCUCCCCGCCUCCCCCACGCACGCGCGGGCGCGGGAUCCCGCCCACCCGCCUCGCGCCGCCGAGACAGGGCCGUCCCCGCCCAGCAGCUCCCCGGGCUCGAGCGCUCCCCCGUCGCCGGCUCCGGGCCCGCAUCUCCGUCCCAGCUCGCUGCAGGGCCUCUCCCCGAAGCUGCAGCGGCAGUACCGGGCAGCGCGCUGCAAGUCGGCGGGCAGCAUCCCGCUCUCGCCUCUCGCCCACACCCCUUCGCCGCCCGCCAAGGCCUUUCCUGCUGCAGCAGCAAUGGGGGAAUGCCGGUAUCUCUGCGCUCUGUAGGGCUGGAGAAGAGG